AUGAACCUCAUCAAAAGAGACAAAAAUAUGUCGAGCUUCUUGGAGAGCCCUGCCGAGAUUGCAGCGCUGCUGCCAGUAAUGACUCACUGGAAGUACUUUGCCACACUUGCCGAGCAAGACGAAAGCAAGCAUGAACCCCAUGAAAAGGUAUUCGAUGCAGAUGAACACAGCGAUGAUGAAGAUGAGGAUAGUGAUAUUCAAGAUAAAGUGGUCAACGAAGCGUCAAGAGAUUCAAUGGAUUGGGACUUUAGAGAACAACAAACCUGCCUCGAUUCGACCUACGAAAUACCAGUGAUGCGUGCCAACCCAUUAAAUAUUGCGGAAAAGAGUCUGCGAAACACAAUUUUGAGUUGCAUCGAUGGGCUAACUGUCAAACAUGUCGCGGACAUCCUUGGAAAGCAUGGUACUAAGCUUGUUGAGGGUUGCACGUAUCGCGUUAGCUAG